UUCAAAAAAAAAGAAGAGCUGUUUAAUUCCAAGCUAUUGCAGGCUCUAUUUAUCUUGGGGUCUGUAACAGUCUUCUAAUUAGCAAGGUAAGCAAAUGCUUCUCUUUAUUGCUGUUCUGGUGACUGCAGUCAGCUGCAGGCUGUGUGAGCAUUGCUAAUGCUUACUGAUAAAUGGUGUGUGUUUGCAUCUGUCUGUGUGUGUAUAUGAGUAAAUGAUGCAGAGCACCAGUAAGUUCAUAGGAAGUAGCAAUAGUCCAGGUGAAGUUUAAUAUCACAGUUUAUACUUGUUUCUAAUCUUAGCACUUGUUAAAUAGAAUUAAUCUUGUAGGGAAAAAAAAAAAAAGCAGAACUCUUUCUGCUCUAGUGAUGUGAGUUUCCAAUGUGUGUUCCAAUGUCUCGAGGGGUUUGGAUCAGUGAAGAACUUCAGUCUGCUCCUGUGACGAGACUUAAAUGAAAAAAACCUCAGGUACAAGGAAUUGUGUUAGUUUGUAAGAAAUUUAAUGUGGUGUCAGCAAAGAGGUUUAAUACCUUUUGUAUUUGUGGACUUGUUGACUCAGGAGCUGCCUUGGUGCUUGUUACCCAAGUGCUGGUGUUGAGUCAUUGCUGAAGGAGCAGUCGGGGUAGGAGCUGUGCUCGCUGGCUCUGGCUCUCUUUUCUCCUCCCCCUUUUCCCUUGGGACAGGACUUAAGGAUGGAGGAACAUUAAAUAAGAAUGCUUUGACCAGCACCCUUCUCAGCAGGCCUGCACCAGGAACAGGUAGCAGAGAGGAACAUGCUGUUGAAUCCUGGUAAAUCCUUUAGCCUGGGAAGGUAAUAAGAAGAAAUGCAAACUUGUGUGCUGUACCUGUGACUGCUGAAAGAAAUCAGGAGGUCAGUGUUCUGGAUGCUCACUAACAUGGAGAGCAGCUCCUCACUUGGGAGAUUUCUCCUGCUGAUGUGCUUCAUUGACAGCAGCUGCCUGUUUUCAUAUGAAGUGUUUGUGAGAAAAGACAAAGCCCACGAGGUGCUGCGAGUCCAUAAACGUGCCAACUACUUCCUAGAAGAGAUUCGUCCAGGGAACUUGGAGAGAGAAUGCAAUGAGGAAAAGUGUUCAUUUGAGGAGGCCAAGGAGAUCUUCCAUUCGCAGGAGAAAACGAUGGAGUUUUGGUUCAAUUACAAAGGUUUAAAUCCAUGUAGUACAAAUCCCUGUAACAAUGGUGGAGUCUGCAAAAUAAGACAUUACAGUUACUUUUGCAUCUGCCCCCCAGAAUUCAGAGGACACAACUGUGAAAUAGAGAGGUUGGAGUGCUGGUACAAGAACGGCGGGUGCUGGCAGUACUGCAGGGACAGCAGCGCCCUCCACGUGGAGUGUUCCUGCGCCAGGGAUUACACCCUGCACGAGGACGGGAGGAGCUGCGUGCAGGCAGCACCGUUUCCCUGUGGCUUGAUCAAAGCCAGGCAGGCUCUGAAGGAACAGCAACAGGGGCCAAAAAGCCUCCUGAGGAGCCAGUGGGAGCACAGGGAUGUGCCUGAGCUGAACAGGAGCACAGAGGGCACAGCUGGGCAGAUGGAGCUGGAACACAGUGAUGUUGGGGAAAAGGAGACCAUAAAGGAUGCCUUCGGGCAUGCUGGACAAACGGAGGUGGCAGGAGAUGCUUCCAGCUGCAAAAAGACAGUGGUGGGCUCUGUGUCCCAGAAGCCCCUGGGGGAGGAGCUGGAUGGCCCUGAGAACCACAAGGCAGUGGAGGGAACUGGGAGAGGCCUGGCUGAGCCAAGCCAGGGCCCAGCAUGGCAGAACAAGAGCACAGCACCUGCUGCCAGGCAGGAAGGAACAGGGGGAAACACCACAGGGCAAAACCAACAAAGGGAGGGCACUGGCAGGAACAGAACGGGGGCUGUUCAACACAGGAGUGACGGGCUGCAUCAGAGCAGGGACGGGGGAGACGGUCUGGACGUGCCUCAGCCCACCCAGGCAAACAUCAGCUCUACUUUGGAGCACGGGGACCCCAGGAUAACAGGAGGAAUGCUGUGUCAUCGUGGACAUUGCCCCUGGCAGGUGCUGAUCCGGGACAGCCGGGGCGUGGGGUUCUGCGGCGGGAGCCUCCUGAGCAGCCGCUGGGUGGUCACGGCCGCGCACUGCCUGGACCUCGUCAGCCCCCACCACGUCACUGUGGGAGACUUUGACAAAUACCAGAGAGAGUUCAAGGAGCAGAAGAUCGCUGUGGAAAGGACCUGGACGCACCCACACUACGAUUCCAACGACUACAACGGUGACAUCGCGCUGCUCGCCCGCGGCUCCCCCCUGCGCUUCCUCAUGAAGGUGCGGCUGCCCCUGGUGAGCCUGGAGCGCUGCCAGCGGGCCAUGGACAGGCUGCUCACCGACAACAUGCUCUGCGCGGGGCACGGCACCGCGGCCACCGACGCCUGCAAGGGGGACAGCGGGGGCCCCUUGCCCCUGGUGAGCCUGGAGCGCUGCCAGCGGGCCAUGGACAGGCUGCUCACCGACAACAUGCUCUGCGCGGGGCACGGCACCGCGGCCACCGACGCCUGCAAGGGGGACAGCGGGGGCCCCUUGAUCGCCUCCCACCGCAACACCUGGUUCCUCCUGGGCAUCGUCAGCUGGGGCGAGGGCUGUGCCCAGCAGGGGAAAUACGGGGUGUACACCAGAGUAGCCAACUACAUCCCCUGGAUUAAAGAGGUGGUUGAAAGCGUAGCAGAUUCAGAAAACUUUUCCAUUAACUUUUCUUAAUGCCAGCUACAGGAGCAGGAAUAAUUCUACUUUUACAGUGUUUCAGUCUACAACACUGGGCCUGUUCUUGUCCUUAAUGGUGUAAAAUCAAGCUCCUUACCCUCAAGGAAAUUUUGAGAGGGUUAAAUUGCUUAAUCAAGUAUUGCUAAGUAAAAUACUUGUGUAUAAUAAAGAACUAUUUGCAAGUAACAGAGGAGAAAACAACUUUUCUUAAUGUAAAUUCUUAUCAGGAAGAUUUUUUUAAGCGAAAGUAAAAGCUUUACAUUUCUCAGGCCUACCUACAUCUCACAGACAGGCACACUGAGUUCUCUGUACAAAUUCAGUGCUUAGCAAAGCAAGUGCAGUUUGGGUAGUGGUGUCUGGCUCUAGUUGUGAGACAGACAGUGCUGAACACAGCAGGGAGGGAGCUCUGAAGUUCCGGAACCAAGGACGUCAGUUUACUAAAUUACAAAUGUUUUCUGAUACAAAAAAGUCUAUGUGGAACUGGGCAUAAACAGAGCAGGAAUCCACCCAGCUCCAGGAAGAUUAAAGGACUGUGCAGUAAAAUUCUCAACAGGUGAUCCAUAUCAAGUUUUGAUUUUGUGACCUCUCCUACAAUUGACUGACAUUUUAGUUACACCCCCCCAGCACCCUCCAUUGUUACCAUUCCACAAGAAACAGAACCAUUCUGUUUGCCUCAGAGAACACAGGGUGUUGAGCUAUUAUGAUGAAUUUUGAUAGGAAGAGUUUGAAUUAGGCCUUGCACAAGACCACCAAGCCCAGUACCUCAAUGAAACAUCUCCUAGGAUUUAAAAGUAGCCCCUAGCCCCCAGUGACUAGAAGACUGGACUGAAACACCAGAACUACAAAAAAAAAAAAAUUGGGAGAAGAAAAAAGAAUCUGUUGGACUUUUAGGGCCAAACAGACCCUGGCUAUGAACAGCUCUGCACAGUUUCCUUGUUCUUCACAGUUGCACCUGCCACUAUGGCAGUAAGGAAGGCCGUGGCUUUC